AUGGGUCACUAUGUAAGCGCUCUCAUCUCUGGCUUGGGAAGAUUUUUCGAAUAUCCUGUAAAACGUAAACCAAUAUGUUUCUAUAGACAAGAAGACUUCACAGCUACUGGUGAACCUCAAAGAAAGGUGUCUGAAGUUCAUAAAGGAAUGAUGACUGAUUACGAUAUACUUGUGGAUCAGUUUUACAAAAGACUUGCAGAGCAACGACAGUAUAACCAAGAAAUGAAAGAACAAGAUCGUCGCUCGAGUAUGCAGAAAGUUGUCCGUCGCUUCCCAGGAUGGAACGAAGUUACCAUCGCAAAUCUUCAUAGUUUAUUUCUCCUCUUUGACAAUCAAUCAAACGGAAUGCUCGGUUUUGAUGACCUCUGUGCGGUAUUAGAGAGUCUAGGAGAUGAAACUUCGAUGGAAACCAGAAAACAGAAGUUCAAUGAAGCAGACACAGACACCGACGGAUGGAUUACAUAUGACGAAUUUUUGGCGUUGCUCUACAACUUUAGCCCCCAAAUAGACGGUGAACUGUCAGGGAUAGCCAAGCUAUGCAACGAAGUAGCUGACAAUAUACAGUUCGUCAGCAACCUUACUGUCGGCGAACAAUUGGAGUAUGGUCUGUUUUAA